UUACAUGCACCUGCCAUGGCUGGUAUUGAUUACAUUUCUGCUAAGCAUGUUGGAAGAGAUGAGACUGCAGCCGUUAGCAUUAUCUCAUCUGGUGGUUAUGAGAAUGAUGACCAUGACACAGAUGUUUUGGUGUACACAGGCCAGGGAGGCAAUAGUCGGCACAAGGAGAAGCUUGAAAGGGGUAACCUUGCUCUCAUGAACAGCAUCAAAAUGAAAAACCUGAUCCGUGUUGUGCGCAGCGCACAGGACCCCUUCUGUAACUCCGGGAAAAUUUACAUUUAUGAUGGGCUCUAUCACAUUGAAGAUUCUUGGAUGGACACAGCAAAGAAUGGUUUUAGUGUUUUUAAGUACAAGCUGAGAAUGGAAGCAGGGCAGCCAGAUGGAAUUUCAGUUUGGAAGAUGACAGAAACGAAAGAAAAUCCUGCCACAAGAAACAAGGUUAUACUUCUGGAUUUAUCAUCAAACAUUGAGAACCUACCUGUAUGCCUUGUUAAUGAUGUUGAUGAUGAGAACGGACCAAGCUACUUCAACUAUGUUACUGGAGCGAUGUAUUUGCGACCGCUUAGCAAGACUAAACCAUUACAGAGUUGCAAUUGCCAUAGUGUGUUCUUGCCUGGCAACGCAUAUUGUUCAUGCGCACAACUGAAUGGUGGUGAUCUUCCUUUUACCUCAUCAGGAUUGCUUGUGAAAUACAUUCCGAUGAUUUACGAAUGCUCUUCUAAUUGUCAGUGUUCUCAACAUUGCCGAAACAGGAUCACACAGAAGGGUAUCAGUCUGAACUUUGAGGUCUUUUGUACUGGGGACCGUGGAUGGGGUGUCCGGUCUUGGGACCCGAUCUGUGCUGGCACAUUCAUUUGUGAGUAUGCUGGCGAAGUCAUUGAUGAAACAAAUAUGAACAUGGACGACGAGGAAGAUGAAUAUACCUUUCACACAUCAUGGCCCAGUGAUAAGGUUUUAAGAUGGACUGUCACAAGUGAGAGCUUAAAGAAAUUACCUAUCGUCAUAAGUGCAAAAAAAUCAGGCAAUGUGGCUCGUUUUCUGAACCAUAGCUGUUCCCCCAAUCUCCUUUGGCAGCCCAUACAGUAUGACCAUGGCGAUGGCAGUUACCCACAUAUCAUGUUUUUUGCAAUGAAACAUAUUCCUCCCAUGAUUACGGUACAAGAGGAGCUCCUCCUGGCAUUAAGGGAAAAUUUCCAAAUGCUUGCAAACUCAAGCCAUGCGUAUGCGGCUCUACCAAUUGCCUAG